ACUGCCCUAUUACAUGACCCCUCACCCUAUAACUGCCUGUACCUAUCACUGCCCUAUUACAUGACCCCUCACCCUAUAACUGCCUGUACCUAUCACUGCCCUAUUACAUGACACCUCACCCGAUAACUGCCUGUACCUAUCACUGCCCUAUUACAUGACCCCUCACCCGAUAACUGUCUGUACCUAUCACUGCCCUAUUACAUGACCUCCUCACCCUAUAACUGUCCUGUACCUAUCACUGCCCUAUUACAUGACCCCUCACCCUAUAACUGUCUGUACCUAUCACUGCCCUAUUACAUGACCCCUCACCCUAUAACUGUCUGUACCUAUCACUGCUCUAUUACAUGACCCCUCACCCUAUAAUUGUCUGUACCUAUCACUGCCCUAUUACAUGACCCCUCACCCUAUAACUGUCUGUACCUAUCACUGACUUAUUACAUGCCCCCUCACCCUAUAAUUGUCUGUACCUAUCACUGCCCUAUUACAUGACCCCUCACCCUAUAACUGUCUGUACCUAUCACUGACUUAUUACAUGACCCCUCACCCUAUAAUUGUCUGUACCUAUCACUGCCCUAUUACAUGACCCCUCACCCUAUAACUGCCUGUACCUAUCACUUCCCUAUUACAUGACCCCCUCACCCUAUAACUGCCUGUACCUAUCACUGCCCUAUUACAUGACCCCCUCACCCUAUAACUGUCUGUACCUAUCACUUCCCUAUUACAUGACCCCUCACCCUAUAACUGUCUGUACCUAUCACUGCCCUAUUACAUGACCCCUCACCCUAUAACUGCCUGUACCUAUCACUUCCCUAUUACAUGACCCCCUCACCCUAUAACUGCCUGUACCUAUCACUGCCCUAUUACAUGACCCCCUCACCCUAUAACUGUCUGUACCUAUCACUUCCCUAUUACAUGACCCCCUCACCCUAUAACUGCCUGUACCUAUCACUUCCCUAUUACAUGACCCCCUCACCCUAUAACUGUCUGUACCUAUCACUGCCUUAUUACGUGAGCCCUCACCCUAUAACUGCCUGUACCUAUUGCUGCCAUGUUACUUAUUUAUUUUAUGUGUUUUUCCUAUUUUUACUCUGUUUACUGCUCUUGUGCUCCCUGUUAGGUGUGGCUUCCUUUCCUGCAUCGCCUACCAUGUUUAAAUCAAGUCACAAUAUGAGGUCAUUGUGCCUUGAGGCCUCUAAUGGCACCCAGCAUUUUAGUUUAGACUCUCACUCUGCUGUGCCAGAUUCCAACCUGAACUUGUCACUGAAUAAUGUCCCUACACUGGUGCAUUGUGCUUGCCCUAGGAGGCUGUGCACAAGACUUCUUGUCCUUGCUCGUGAGCACCAUCUUCUCAAGCUAACGAGUGAUGUUACCGUGCACCUCCGGAGCUGUGCCCAUUUCACUCGGCGUUUGCUUGGUCAGCUAGAGCGGCUUCCACUACAACCUUCAGAACUACUAGCUGUUUGCGUGGAGUUUCAGGCACAGAGUCGGCACACUGGAGCCCUGCAGAGGAGUCUGCACAGUGACCCGUGGCUGCGCCCUGCUUCUCAUGGUCUGCACGAGGCUAUGAAGAAUGUGCAGAGGACACUGGGGCUGCUGACCUUGCAAACUGCACACUUGGUUGAGAGAUGUGUCUUGUCCUCACUGCAUGAAGCUGCACACUCACCGGAGACAGCUACAGACGACCUCCUGUGUGCCCUGGUCACGUAUAAUGAGGUGGUGGCAGAGAGGGCAUUAGACCUGUCUGUGCUCACUGCCCUGAAAGUGGUGGAGCUGCUGGCGAAGGAGAGAAGCUGUGGCCUUGCUGACCGUUUCUGUCUCGCUCUCUGUAGGUGUCAGCAGGACUGGUUAAGGGAAUGCCAGCGUGGUAUACAAUGGGACACUGAUAUUCUACCUCUCUUCAGUGUUUCGCAGUCUCAUCCUCUGCCUGAGAGCAGCAUAGGGCAUGAUCUGGACCUCUUUGUUCAGGAGGAUAAGAACCAAAUGGCGUCUGUCCUGCAGAUACUGGCAACCUCUGAUCGCUCGUUGUCAUUACAUAAUCUGAACAGACCAUCAGACCCCCGUAGGGGGCAUCUCAUUGACACUGUGCUUUACCCUCAGUAUUGUGCUUUCUUCUGGCCGGCAUUCUUUUCACACAUGUACCACACGUUCUUUCCAGGGCAGGGGAGGCCCGAAGCGCUGCUAUCUCUGUCAGUGUGUGGCGAAGGCUCCUGUGUUGCUCUCAUCAUUAUGUUGAGGAGCAUCUUGGCAUCAGAUGCUGUGCCAGAGCUGUGCUGGAAGGAAUGCAGGAGGCUGUGUGUGCGUCUUCUCACUACCUCUGUGUUUGUUGCGUGGGAUAGAGAGAUGUGCCAGGGGCUGAGUUCUGCCCUCACUGACAAAUGUGUGCCGUACACGGUGAAUGGCAGCUCCGGGGUACAAAGCAGGACGGCUGUAAUCCUGGCACAAAUGUGUCAGCAGCUGGCAGCUGUGCUGCAGGUUGUGUGCAGCACAGAAGCAGAUUCUGCUCAGUUUGGCCCCUCCCUGGUUUAUUCUGUGAUGAGCCGCUGUGUGAUGUCCCUGCAACUCUGUGAUUUGUGGUUACGAUGUCGCACUCAGCACUGUGUGUCAUCUGGGACUCUUGGACAGUUGCUGUUGCUCACACACGGGGACUUGCCGAUGCUACAGGCUGAGUUACAAAGACUCUGCGGACAUGUUACAGAACAAGGAAGUCGGACCUUGUCGCUGCCGAACCAGAGAGCUUAUGCACAGAUGGUGGCAGGCAGGAGCAGCAUAGAGGCUCUGGCUGCUUCUCUCCUGCACUCCCCAGGCUCUCUCUGUGGGGUUGUGGCUCAGGACAUUUUUCAGAAGCUGAUGCCCACUGGGCGCUACUGGAGAGGCAAACUAACAGCAGAUGCUGCUGUGGCCCCCAGUGAAUAUGCCGUGUCUGCAGCUCAUGCGGUGUUGUCUCCCCUCCUGGAUGGUAUUGGUACUCUGCCUUCAACCCGCCAAAUCUCUGUGCUCUCCGUGACUCUUAGUGUUUUUAUGGAGACUUGGAUGGAACACAUAUUGCGUGAGAGGAUAAAAUUCAGCUUGCAGGGAGCUCUCCAGUUGAAAUGUGAUUUUGAGUUUGUUUGUGGAUUUCUGCAGUCUUCUGGUUCUGGGCUGUGACUGGUUGCGUGUGUGUGACUGGUUGCGUGUGUGUGACUGGUUGCGUGUGUGUGACUGGUUGCGUGUGUGUGACUGGUUGC